AUGGCGGACGAGCUGCCUGAAGAUUUCGACGUUAUCGUUUUGGGAACAGGUACACAGUAUUUAAUUUAACGCUGUAGAUGAUAUGAGAGAGUUUGAUGUUAACUUUUUAUUCCCGAGAUCUUACUGGCAGAUGCUGGAAUAAAAUGUAAAGAGAAAAUCGGUGAAAUAUUAAAAUAAUAUUGGUACAAAAUGCAUGGAUGUAAAUCAAUGCUCCUUUCAUGUGUCACAGUCUUAUCGUAGCUGUCUUUAAAGCGCUUUUGCAUUCUUUCCCGAUGAAAGGUUUCCCUGAAUCUGUUGUGGCAGCUGCAUUAUCAAGAAUUGGUAUGAAAGUUCUCCAUUUAGACAGGUCAGUUAAUACGUAAAUUCGUUAAUGUUUAAUCGCUAGUUCCGUACAUUUGCACAUUUAAGCUUAUACUGAUCUUCCAAGAUUCUUGUUAUAGGAAUGAUUAUUACUCUGAUCAAUGGGUAACAUUCACGUUUGAAAGUUUGCUGAAAUGGAUCGAGCUAAAUCAGGUGGGUAAUUAUAAUGCAACCGGUGAAUCGAAUGGGGAUCUCUCUCAAAUAAUUAAAAUUCCAACCCUGGCUAUUCUUGCUUUCGUUAUUUCCUAUUUUAAGGUGUUUAUACCCCUGGUCUAGCUGGUAAAUGGUAUUCUUUUCUAUAUCGAAAUUCCCAAAUGUUUUCAUGAAAAAUGAUAGUUAAAUGCCAGUUUCAAAAGUGGACCACCUAAACCAGAAGUGAUGGGAAGUUGUUCCAUCCGUAGCCUGUGUCACAUAUAUAUCAGCGUGCAAAGAAAGUUGUGUCGGAUAGCCUGGGGCUAGUGGAUUUUGCUAUUGGGCAAGUGAUUUUUGUUCUUAACUUGCCCAAAGGGCAAAUUACAGAAGGAUUGUAAUCAAUCCUGCUAAUCAAAAAGGGUUUUGGGGCUAGUUUAAAUGACUUGUGGGCUAGUACAUGCUAGCUACAACUUGCCCGAAUGGCAGGCUGCAAAACUGACUUUCUUUGCACCCUGUAUAUAUAUAUAUAUAAUCCUUGGUUAGUAAUGUGUGCAAAGCAGUGUCAAGAUCAGAGUUUAGUUUCAUCUGUGGUGUAGGCUUUGCGAAUUAUUGUACUUAAGGGCAAAGGCUAAGGUCCAUGCACUCUUGAUGAAGGAAAUGUUAUUUGACAAUGAUGUAGCUCUGACCGCGCAUAGAGAGAAGGGUAUUGAGCAGCCGAUCAACCAGUUUGCACAUGCCUAUGGAGAGUUUGGGUUCAUUACAGUUGAACCUCCCAUAAGCGACCACCCAAAAUGCAAAGAGUUAGUAGUCGCUGAUGGGAGGUUUUCGUUUAAAGGAAUCGAACCAUGUGGGGAGGAAGGGCAUGGGCACAUCCUUACUUUAUGGAAGAUAUUUCUAAGUAACACCAUGUGUAGUUCCAUGUUGUUACUAAAGUUCUUUAUGUAUUCUAAGUAGCAUAGUGGGCACAGCGAACAUAGAGAUCAGACAAUGCGUCAAGUGGUCACUUACAAUAGGUUAAAAACAAUGGAAGAUUAUUAAACUUUCAGGCACAAUAAGUGGUCGUGGUCGCGUACAGGAGGUGGUUGUUUACUAGAGGUUCCAACAGUUACUGUUACUGUAAGGCUUUGACUGGGAAAGUUUUGGUGUUUUGCAUAGGCGGUCGCUUAUGGGAGGUGGUUGCUUACAAAGAUGGUCACACAUGGAGGUUCAAUUGUAUCAGCAUUAAGAAAACCGCCAUCAUUGGUCAGGACAUGUGUGCACUUCCAUCAAUCAGCAUCAAUAGCUUAGUGCUUGAAGUCACUGAUAACUUCACGUUACUGGGCUCUACUAUUACCAGCAAGUAACUUCUCCCUUGAUUAGUUCACCAGCUAGUACCUUGCUGUUUCAGAAAGAAGCAAGUGUGGCAAGAAAAAGCAGAACCAACUGUUAAGGGACAGAAGACUACAUAAGAGGCAAAGGCAGCCGUGAUUUCUUAGUGUUCAACCCUCCCUGAAUCAUGUUUCUAAACUUUGAGAUUCACCUUGUGACAACCACCUGUUUUUAUUUUUAAAAUAAGGUUGAUUGCAAGGAAGCCGCAAAUGAACAAGAGGAGACUGGUGCAAAGCCCGAUGAAGAACCAAAGCUGGAGGCUGGUACGCACUCAAUUCCAAUCCCCAGCCACUCAAGUGAAAUUAGUAAUGUAGUGGUCAAGUCAUUCUUUAGGUUAGUGUUGAUUUAUUAAAUAAGGGGUGUUGGGGAGAAGUAACUUCCAAUAAACUUUUAGAUUUUCUUUCAAGUUGCCCUCUGCUCUGUUUGCUUGUAACCUAAAGGUAGAAAUAUUUGACUUGAGAUCAUGGGCCAACCCUAAACCUAACCCUAACUUUUUACCGUGAACCAGUGAAAGGGUAAAAAAGAGGUUUCUAUUACUGUCCUUGACACUUAGCCAAGGACACAAAAGAAAUCACUGAAUAGAGACAUAUCCUUAUCCCUGUCUUAAGGGGGUGUUUACCUGAGAAAACUCGCACCGGCGUGAGUUUCAUACCGGGAUGACUUUUUGAUUUUGCAUCGCGUUUACAUGAUGACUGGGUCAUUUCAUAUCUCGUUAUUUGAAGGUACACUUCAUGUUGUUAAAAUACACGUGCGAUUCAAAAUCGCAAACGUUACGCAUGCGCUACCCAUUCCAGUCUACCGGCAGACCGAUUUCACACCGAAACGGGUACGGUGGUUGUUUCGCGUUUACAUAAUACCGCUGCGAGAAUUUGUACCGGAGUGAAAUUCUCACCCCGGUAUAAGAACCAGGGUGAACUCACGCCGGGGUGACUCUUGCCAGCAUGACAUUUUGUGGUGGUAUCAUGUAAACAAAUAUAGAGCUAUGAGAGGGAACCGGAGUGAACUCGCUCUGGCGCGAAAGUCGCCCCAGUGUCGUGUAAACACCCCCUAAGUCUAUUUUUUCAGACAGGUAAGAAAGUGGCAGAUAAACAGUGCAUUUAUUUUGGUGUGAUGUAUUCUCAUUUUUUUCAUUUUUUCAGUAAGAAACUGCCACAACAAGAUACAGUAGAUCCACAAGUCACAAACCAGGAAGUAAAAGGUACAGAUGCUCUUAAGCCCACAGUUGUUUCCUCUCAGCUUCAGGAACAUAAAGAAUCCAGUGAAACUGGGAAAUCAGAUGCAGCUAUCAAAAUUGAAACAUCACAAGAUGCUAGAGCCCCAACAGACUCAAAUGCUGAAGAGAGCAAUGCAUCAUCAAGAGCCUUAGAGGGCUCAGAGGAAGGAAAAUCAUAUGACCAGUCAGAAACAGUGAAUGAGACUGUAGCAAGUGCUGAGAGUGGUGUCAAUGAGGUGCCAGAGGUAGAAAAUAAAGUUGCAGUACCUACUGAAGUAGGUUCAGGAGACCUGCCAGAAAUUCCUUUUGUACUACCACCAAGAGAAAGACAUGAAACAAAGCCUCCCAUUAGUGUAAACAUGAGUUAUGAUGAUUUAAAGCCCUAUUGGAGACGAUUUAAUAUCGAUGUAGCUCCUAAAGUUCUCUUCUCCAGAGGGCCACUCGUGGAAGCUUUGAUUUCAGCAAAUAUCAGUCAUUAUGCAGAAUUUAAAUCUGUCACCAGGAUAUUGACGUACAUGGAUGGAAAAGUUGAGGAAGUACCAUGCUCUAGAGCUGACGUCUUCAGCAGCAGUGUGAUAUCCAUUGUGGAGAAAAGAAUGCUUAUGAAAUUCUUAACUUUCUGCCUUGACUUUGAACAACAAAAAGAUCAGUAUGAGGGUUAUGAAGACCGACCCUAUGCUGAAUUUCUGCAGUCUCGUAGGUUGACCCCUAACUUGCAGCACUUUAUAAUCCAUGCCAUAGCAAUGGUCAAACUAGAAACGCCAACUCUGCAAGGUCUCAAAGCAACACAAGGUUUUCUUCAGUCGCUGGGACGAUAUGGAAACACACCUUUUAUUUGGCCACUCUAUGGUGCCGGAGAAAUGCCGCAAGCGUUUUGUAGAAUGUGUGCAGUGUUCGGUGGAUUAUAUUGCCUCAGAAGAGAUGCAUCAGGCAUCACAAUCAACAAUGCAAACAAUGAAUGCACAGGAGUAAUCUCAAACAAUCAGCUACUGAAAUGUAAACAGCUUAUACUCGGACAUUCCUAUGUGCCAAAACGUUUCAGAAAGGAUUGUGAACAGUUUGUUUCUCGAGCAGUAUUUAUAACUUGCAGUUCUCUCAAACCGUCUGAAGAGGAGUUUAUCUCUGUCCUCUCUGUGCCACCUUCAGUACCUGGAGGAGAACCUGUGAGAGUUAUAGAGUUGGGCCCAACCACUAUGGCUUGUCCCAAGGGCCUUUAUGUUGUCCAUUUAGUUUGCCAAGGGUCUUCUUCAGCAAAGGAUGACUUGGAAGCAACAGCAGAGAAACUGUUCUAUUUUCCCUCUGAAGGUGAGAUCAACAUUAUGAUAGGAUUUGUUAGCUACAGAUGUGGGAAAUGAUGCUAAAAAAUAUGAUAGAAACUUGAUGUCAUUCACAACACAAGCAAAUCGUGACGUAUUACUACCCAGAUCUAGGUAGUGACACGUCAUCAGUAUGGAAUUUCUACACUCGUUCCUCAGACGUUGUUUCACAGGGGAACCAAUGGCGGCAUCACGAAAUGUCGGCUUUUUUCUCAGGCUACUGAAUUUGUAAUACUAUUCAUUGAUGUACGUAAGUGCUGUGAUUCACAUAACCUAUUAAAUUUUUGUUAUUAAACACUGUGUCCCAACAGGUGUUAUGACAAGUGACAAGCCAACAGCAUUAUGGUCGUUAUAUUUUAACCAAGCAACUCCUGAUCCCACAUGCUUUACUGACCUACCGUCAAAUGUCCAUGCUCUCUUGCUGCCUGGAAACACGUUAGGAUUUGGAGAAGCACUGCAACAGGUACUUUCCGCCUUUUCUCUUUAAAUCCGUCCAGUUCUUAUCCCAGCCAGCGAGGUUGCAAACAGUGACGUUACAAUAAGGGAUCGGGACAAGACGAGAGAAAACAAUAAGAGACUGCUCGCAAUCUCGUAUGUGAAAGGGUCGGGAAAUCUGUUUUUUAAUUUUUACUGGUAAUGCUACCUGGUGAUUUCAUUUGCAUCAACUUCGUGACAGAUUUUUUUUAAUUCUCCCUUAACAGGCAAAACAAGUGUUUGAAAAAAUUUGUCCUGAUGAAGAGUUUCUUCAAGCAGUUCCAAAUCCUGAAGAUAUUAUACUUGAUGACUUCUUACAAGAUGGGAAUCAAAAUGCCGAGGCCGAGCCUGAAGGUGAAGCACAGGCUGAUGCUGUGGUGCAAGAAAGUACAGAGGAAGAGUCUUCAUCAGCAGCGAUGGUGGAGGAGCAGGAUUGUGUAACCAGCGAAGGUGCUGAUGGGCGAGGCGAAGGAGAUGCAGGUGUUAAAGACGAGGGUCCUGCUUCGGGUGCAUCUCAGGAACAAAGGGAAGAUGAUCAGGAAAGCAAACAAUCCCGCAAUGAAUGA